GGUUGUAGUUGACAGAAAUGUGGUAACAGGUCGACAAACAAUGAAGAUUGAUCUUGUCUCAGUUGGAUUAGUAAUUGUCGACUCUCGACACGACGUCACCAACCAGCGCCCCACUACUGCCAGAGGUAUUUCCCCUUGACAACCAAGACUUACAGUGCCAGACGCUUGCAGUUACCUUGUUCAAAAGGCUUAUCAAAAACUAAUAUGUCACUUUGGAGAAAAAAAAGGGUCCGAGGGUGGCUAAGCCAGAGUUGCUGGACCUGCAUCGCCGGGAAAUCGGCCGAAGCUCCGUGAUUGAACAACACAGCUCCAUCGAGUUAACCACUCACCAGCAGCCUGUCGCAGGACCUAUUUGGGGCGCAACAGUCGUUGGAAGCCGUGACGUAGCUGAUUACUCGGUGAUUACCUUUCCAAGACGAUUCCUUGCCUCGUGGAGGAACGAGCAAGAGGGACAUCUGCGUGACACUCUUAACUAGGCUAUCGAGUUGAUCCAAACGGAAGGCCGAGCCUCUGAAUACUCUAACGGGUGAGAUCAAUUAUUUCCUGACAUCAUACAUAAAUAGUCGUUGCAUGCUUUUUCAGUCAGCCAACUCAUCAUUCUCCUCAUUCUCAUCAUGGCCAAACCGCUCGUCAAACCCUUCCAAGUUGACAUACCCAAGGCCGAGGUCGACCGCCUCAAGGGAAAACUCAACGACACGCGCCUUCCAGGACGCAGCAUCGUCCCGGACGCAGGGACCAAUUACGGUCCCACAUACGAAUGGGCAUCCAGUUUAUACGAGGCCUGGAAAAAUGACUUUGACUGGUACGCCGUGCAAGAGGAAAUCAACGCCUUCCCGCACUACACGACCGAGAUUGAAGACAUCACCGUCCACUUCCUGCACGCCAAAGCGCAAGGGAACGAUUCCGAUUCUAAACCAGCCAUUCCACUGCUCAUGAUCCACGGCUGGCCCGGCUCCUUCUGGGAAUUUAGCCAGGUCUGGCGACCGCUCUCCCAGCCCGACUCCCCUCAUGACGAUCUCGUCUUCGACGUCGUCGUCCCCAGCAUGCCGGGCUUCUGCUGGUCGUCGUGGCCGCCACGCGCGGGGUGGACGCUCAAGGAUACUGCGAGGAUCUUUGACGUGCUCAUGCGGAGGCUCGGGUACGAGACGUAUAUGGUGCAGUGCGGCGACUGGGGCCAGUUUGUGGGUAGGGAGCUGGGCGCCCAGUAUACGGAGUCAUGUAAGCUGGUUCAUUUGAACUUCGCGCCGAGUCCGCUGCCCGAAGGGGUCGAGUAUACAGAGCGUGAGAAGGCUGUUGCGGCGAGAGUCGAUGACUGGGUGGAGAAUCAUAUCGGGUAUGCCGUUUGUAUGCGCACGAGGCCCCACACAAUCGGCCUGGCCCUGCACGACAACCCCCUCGGAAUCCUCAUGUGGGUUGGCGAAAAGUACAACGAGGCCGCAGACCCAAACACGCAAAAAAACCCCUUUUGGACCAAAGCAAUCCUCACCACAGCGUCUCUAUACUACUUCACGGGUUGCAUCAUCCCCUCAAUGCUGACGUACUACGAGAACGUACGGCACCACGAGUUUGCAGAGUACGCGAUGCGUCCGGAGAACCGCAUCCAGGUGCCCUUUGGGUAUACCUCGUUCUUUUGGGACACAGAGCCGUCGUCGAAGCGGGCGGUUGAGAGGACGGGGAAUCUGGUGUUCCAUAAUGAACGCAACGAUGGCGGGCACUUUGCUGCGCUAGAGCAUCCGACGGGGUUGAUGGAGGACAUUCGAGCGCUUGCGGGGCAGCAUUGGGAUAAAUAGAGCCGUCUAGGUAGCAUCAGUGCGUAUCUUUACACUGACAGUUUAGUAGGUCCUCUGUAGAAGCCAUAUAUCACAUGUUAUCCACGAUCUCCCCUUGACUAAAUAUCUACAAAGCGCUGGGCCCUAUCCCCGUAGCAGUUCAUUGGAUAGUGACCACCACUCUAUUCCAGGCAUCAUAUAUCAUGACUAUAUUAACCGUGGAUUGCUUAGUGAGGAUCCAAAUGCUGUAUAGAAUUCAAGAGAUGAAGAUUGUUUAU